AUGACAUGUACUGACAAUAUCGACAGGAGUGGGCAAGUUGUGAGUUCCACAGGGGGCAACAAGAACGUUGGCAGUACGGAAGCAUGCAAGAAUGGUGAAAAUUGCAAGAGCGGCAUUGAAUUAAAUGAAACAAAUUCUCCUGCUAUGGAUGAAAGUGUAACUGUGAACUUGAAACUCGCUGGUAGCAAUCAUGCCUUCGCGUCUGAUACUUGUGAUAGAAAGAACAUUGGAAAUGUUGAUUUCAGAGAAGUACAAAAGUGCGCUGACAGUUGUCUUGAUAACACUGGAAAUAUUACUGCUGUUAAGAAUAACACUCAUGCCAACCUCGAAACUAAUGACGAUAGAAAUGGUGAUGAUGCUGUUCCAUUUGCUUUGGUAGAAAGUGUUAGCAUCGGCUCGUUUGCACAUACUCGCGGCCUCGAGAAAGACGAGAGCGGCACUGAAAAUGUUCGUAAUGCCAUUUGUGUCAGUGCUGACAAUGAAAUUACCCCAGUUACUGACAGGAAUACCAUUGGAGAUAAUGAUUUUGAGGAUGACUUUAUCGUCACUGGCUUAAGUGCUCGUGCCAUUGGACAGGUCUCUGGUAAGGAUGCUAACAGCAGUCCAAAAAGCAGCAGUAAUAGCAAUAGCCACCGUGGGGGAGAAUUUCACUCAAGUGCUGAGACUGGAAUAGAAAGCAUUGUACCUACUGAUGGAAAAUUACGCUCUGGCAAAUAUAGUUCUAACACUUUUGAAUAUGAUGGCUCCGGUGGCCGUGAAAUUGUUCAUGAAGGAACUAUUUGUGCCAAAUUUAAUGACGUCCAGAGCAGCAGAGCACUAAACGUUGAGGUUGAUCACGAAAAUGUGCGAAACGUUCACCCAGCUCUAGAGAAGUGUGAUUGUUAUGGGAGUGGUGAUGUCUGCUAUUCUUUAGAAGAAGGAGUUAAGGAUGAAUAUGGAAUCGACGAUUCGUAUGCAGACUUCUGCUUUGAAGAUUAUGGAAAACAUACGUCAAGGACUGAUGAAAUACCGGAGGAUACAGACGAUGACGAUACGUAUGCUGACUUCUGUUAUAAAGACUAUUCAAAACGUAACUCGAAGACUGAUGAAACACAGGAGGGAGGAGACGAUAACGACGGGUGUGCUGACCUCUACUUUGAAGACUACGCAAAACAGAACUCGAAGGCGGCUAAAAUUCAGGAGGAAAAAGAAGAAGACAUAGAAGAAGAGGAAGGAGAUGAAGACGAGGAGGAAUGGUCUUGGUUUAACAGCUGCACACGAAAACGAGACAACUUUGCCGAUGAAGAGCUUCGAGGAGAGGGAAGGGCGGAUGAAAAGGGGGAGAAGAAGGAUAAAGAAGAUCAGCAGGAUGAUAAUGAUGGUGAUGAUGGUGGCAAAGAUAAUGGAGAUGAAAUGGAGCACGAGCAGGAAAAGAUAAGAGGAAAAGACUAUGGCAUUGAUGAUCAUGAUUAUAUUAGCGUAAAUUAUGUUGUGGAAGAUGAUAUGGAGGAUGAGGAAGAUAAUGAAGGAGAAGAGGCAGAGUACGAGGAGGAAGAAGGAGAGGAAGAAGAGGAAGAAGAGGAAGAGGAGGAAGAAGAAGAAGAAGAGGAAGAACAAGAAGAGGAAGAAGAAGACGACGAGGAGGAAGAAGACGAGGAAGAGGACAAGGAAGUGAAAGAAACCGAUGAAGAAGAAGAAUAUGACGAUGACGAUAGCGAUGAUUAUGAAGAGGUGCAAAAAGAAUUGGAGGAAAAAGGAGAAGAGAAAAAGUAUGUGGAGGAAGAUGACUUCACAAAUUGGUGGUAUGAUGGGGAUGAGGUGUACGACGAUUUAUAUGACUAUGAAUCUGAAUUAGUUUGUGGCCAGGAUAUCAAAGGGUACGAAUCUAACACGUCGCAUUUAAGAAAUUCCAUCAUCUAUUCGAGCCAUCAUGUUGAGAGCAAUGCGCAUUCAUCAGUUUCAUUAACCAAGCCCUCUUGGCAAGUUUAUGAUGAACGAAGUGAGAAUCUGAAGGGAGAACUGUUCAUCGACGCAAGGGCCAGGCAUGAGGAAAGUUUUUCAGAAAGUCAAUUUAUCCCAGGAGACCCUGAUGACGCGUCAUUACCAUAUCUGUUGUCAUCUGACUCUGAAGCGUAUCAUACAGACGCGUUUUUGGUCAAAGGAUUAAACACGAGAACAACAAAGGAUGCAUUGUUAAACUUUUUUGAGGUGAUAAGUGGUGGACAAGUCAAAGAAAUCACGUCAUUGAAUGAAGGGACCACUUUGGUUACCAUGGAAUUCCCAAUUAAAGGUUUGUUUCGUUAAUAUAUUGUAAAUAUCGAUUGAAUCAUUUAUUAUUGAUUGGUUAGAUUUUGCGCGUGGUAUAUUUGCAUUUUAUAGAAUCCGUACCGGACUUACUCCCCCUCAUGGUAACGAGACACUUUGUCAUCCCUCAGUCAUCUAGAUAUGUUUUGUCUCAGAUAUUUCAAGAUUUACUAAGAUUUUGAGUAUCUCCUGUCUUGAUACUAUGUAACUUGUAAAGGGAGAAAGAUUUUUAAUAAUUGAAUGUAUUUUCAGACAUUGCAAAGAUGAAAGAGAAGUGUGGGGGACGAACGUUAGAUGGCAGCAAAAUCACAAUAACGCCAGCCUCUCCUUACACCAGUGUAAUAGUGAGUGGUUUAUCCCUCGAUGCUUCUCAUGAUUUCGUGAAGUUGUAUUUCGAGAGUCCUCGCAGUGGAGGCGGUCCAGUGGAUACAGUUCAUUUUACAGAAAAAAGAGGUCAAGCUGUUGUUGUUUUCAACAACGCAAAAGGUAAUUUAUAUUAAAAAAAUAUUAAUGAUUAUAACGAUAACACUUUUCUAAAAUCAGCUCCUCAUCGCCCACGCUAAGUUGCUGUGCCAACGUUUAAAAGAGAGAUAUCGGCUUUCAUGAUUUGUCAGGCCAUUUGUCAUGAUCACUUUCAGAGAAACGACACGCAACGAUGAAAUAGGUUUACCUAGGAAUUUUUGAACUCUUCAAUUCACUUCGUCGCUUGAAACAUUUAAAAAUGAAAAUAGCGUUGACAUGAGAUGAUACUUAAUCAGGGUUGCCAGGGGCAGGCUAGAAUACUGCUUAGUACUUAUAAGCUGAACCUUUAACUUACAGACAUGGAACGGGUGUUAGCGAGACAGAUAGAACGACCACAUGUUUUGGAUGGACAGGAUCUCAUAGUAACAGUAUUCCAUGGGCUAUUUCCAAAUCUUGACCAGGAAGAUAUAGUGGGACACGUGGAUUCUUCGCCUCCUCGUGACAGAUCUGAACAAUAUAUAGCAACCAAACAACCAAUUCAGACAGCCAAGCAAACGUUAUGUUUAGCUGUUGACCCUGAUGUAAUGGAGUUUAUCCAUAACUCAUUACACUUUAACGAUUUACAAGAUUUACUUGAAAAGAGACGAUGUGAUCUAGAUUGGAAAGCUGGUGGCAAGCAUGCUCUUAUUCAGUGCAAUGGAGACCCUGAGGGCAAUUGUUGUCCUUCCCUAUGCGUUGACGAAGUGCAGGCGUUUUUCGAAAAGUUUGUACAGUGGCAUGUUCCAAUAGAAGAAGAAAUAUGGAACAGUCUAGACUCGGGUUCCUUGGCAAAUGUUUGCGAUUUUAUAGGGGAUGACCCUCCACUUGUUAAAAUUUCUGAGGGAGACUCUGGUUUCUAUCUGAGGAUGGUUUCUCUCAGAUCAGAUAAAGAGUCCCAUGAAGAAAUAUUUCAAGAAGCACUAUCCCACAUCUACCAGCUAGAGAGAAAACAAAACUAUCGGACGGAAAAUAUACCAAAUGUCCCGAAAGAAAGAAUUCAGCUGCUGAAAAAAACUAACUUCGAAGACAAGCUCGAAGAAGAAUUCGAAGAGUUGAUAGUGAGGAUUGACGACGAAAGCGACGAAAUACUAUUUAAAGGGCCGACGGACGAGGUAACAGAUGCCAUAACAAGAUAUUGUAUGCUUGACGCUGAGGUAACUGACAAGAAAUUACAGUUUCCUCCUUAUAUCUUGCAAGUGCUUAACAAUGAUACAGCAUUGCAGGCAAUCAAAGACGAAAUGGUAGAAAAUGAGGCAGACGCUGUGUUUGUCCUCGAGGAGGACGAGUCAACUUCGCGCGUCGUCGCCGCAAAGGUAACUGGAAUUUCAUCGGAACAAGCGGAGAAGGCGUACAAUCUUAUUAAGAGAUUUACAGCAGAAGCCGUUCUUAAAAUCGAAGAUCAAGAUCUUGUAUUAACAACUACGCCUGAAUGGAACCAGGCCUGCGACGAGAUCGAAAAAGAUGGUACAGUUGCAAUUCGUAGAGAUGAAACUGGCAGAACGUGGCUCGGGGGUCUCUCAAGAGAUGUUGAGUUUUCCGUCAAAAAGUUGCAGUUGUUCAUCAAAAAGAGAGCCGUGAAAAUAUCAAGAAAGAACUUCUUAUGCCCCUCAAAGCAAAUCAAGAGAUAUUUAAGAGAGCAUUGCAAAAGCGAUUUCAUUGCCAUACAAACGAAAUAUGACAUCACGAUCCUUGACGGACAAGAUGGUGAUAAGUUUAUCAUUUCGGGGCGAGAUGACGGUUUGAAUCCCGCAAGCCAUAUGCUGGAUCGCCUUAUUGAAGGAUUCGUGACUAAAAAACUUGAACUAAGCCAAGCAGGCCUUGGAAAGUUCUUUUCCGAUGGCAAGGCGGACAAUCUUGUGGAAAAGAUCGAAAAGGACCUGAAAUGUGUAAUUUGUAUCGAAAAAACGAUGGCCAAAAUUAGAACAGAGAGUCUUGCAAGCAAGACAGCACUUUUUGAAUCAGAUUCUACAGAGAGCGAAGAUGACGAAGUGACAGAAGACAACUCUGCUUCGAGCUUGGUUAAACAGAGCAGUGCUUCAUUCUAUGUUACGACCCAGGGACACAGCAUCUCAUGGAGGGCUGGGGAUAUUGUCAAAGAGCAGGUAAUUUGAGUCUAACGUGACCAUGCAGUCAUACGCAAGAUCGCCAUGGACACUUUGUGUGAUCUUCUAUUUUGUUGCUCAGGGAAUACUCUACGUCCUGAAAGAUUCCGCCUUGAUGAAAUAGCUUCCACUUAAUUUCCGCCUCUUAAGAGAGUAAAACCAACAAGGGACAUCAUACACUACAACAGUGAUUAUCUUACACUUUUACUUUCGCACUCAUUUUUCAGGCCGAUAUAGUGGUGGCCUCCCAAGGAGCAUGCGCUAGGUCGAUCAGGCGUGCUGCCGGUCCAAGAAUGCGAUUAGUGACACCAAAUCCUGGAGAGAUUGAAGUUUCACCGGGAUUUCAAUUGCCUUGUACUCACGUGAUUCACACGUACUGUGCUGAGUGGAAUGGAGGAAACGGAGAAACGGUUGGUACAAUUUUCAGAGAAAAAAUUAAUGGCAGCUUAAGACGUUUAAGGACUGAUUUAAAUGAUUACGAAUUCCUGCUAUGAAAGGCACAAGGCAAAUUACUUAGGCUGACGAGGACUAUUCAGCAUAAGUUGGAGUACGAACAAUUCAUUUAUAAUUUGGUUUUAUCAGCAAAGUUGAUGAUGUAAAUUGGCCACCGUAAAGAGUUUCUGAAGCAGACGUUUCGAAAGCUAGUCCUGCAUCUAUUUGUUCACCCCCCUCCUCUUCCAGGGACGUAGCACCUCAGGAUCUUUGGAAAGUUUCCCUUAGAUUCAUUCUACUUAAAUCCAUUGCUGGGGUACAUAUGUUUGCCGAAACCACACGAACCAUUUCUGAUUAUAGCCCGGUAACGCAUGAACUUUUACGUCUCCCAGUCUUGCUUAUUAAGGAAACCACUUCUAUCAUGCUAAUUUUGGCUGUCUUAUUUUUUCCCAUCUAGGCAUUAGGAUCCAUUGUUCGAAAAUCACUACGAAAAUCCGAUGAGCUCAGUGCAAACUCCAUUGCUUUCCCUGUGAUUGGAACUGGAAAUUUACUAUUCCCCAAACGCAAAGCUUCCAGGAUUAUGUUGGACGAAGUGGUCAGUUUCUGUGACAACAACCCACAUUCUUCUGUAAAGGACGUUCGCUUCGUUAUCUUUGACCAGGAUCAAAAUCUCAUUACCGCCUUCCAACAGGAGAUGAGCAGUUUGCAAUUACGCCGUGGAAGUGUUGCUAAGUCAGGAAAUACUGUUGAGGCUCAAACAUGGUGGAAGAAGAUUGAGGUCGUUGAGGGUAAUCUUACAGAACAGAGAGUGGAUGCCAUUGUUAACAUCAUUGGAAAAGACAUGGACUUGUCCAGAGCUGGGGCACUUAGUAAAGCAGUAGCAAGAGCUGCUGGAGGGCGCGUGGUACGAGAGUGCAUGGAUCUUGGACCCCAACCAGGUGGAUCGGUUGUGAUGACUAGUGGCGGGAACUUGCCAGUAAGUAAUAUUAUCCACUUGGUACCACGGUCUUCAGAUAAACAGCAUCUGCAAGCCUGCCUUGAAAAGUGUCUCCACCUUGCUCAUUCGAAAGGUCUUCAUUCCAUAGCCAUUCCUGCCAUUGGAACAGGAGCAUAUCACAUGACUGCUUCAGAUUCAGCACUUCUGACCUUUCAAGCUUUGGGAAACGUAGGUGUAGUUUGCUCAAGUUUUUCCCGAAUUAAAAUUGUGAUUUUUGUAAAAGACAUGUUGAAGACCUUUGUUAAAGAGCACAAACGGGUUGUUGAUUCAGCUGAGCAGUCUAGCUUGCCAGCAACGACAACAGCAACAAAAAAAUCAAACCCACUGAGAAGUGUUUCAGCGAAGAAGAAAUCACCUCAACCAGUGUCGUGUACCAGUACUUCAACCUUUCAUAUCUCAGUGACUGCUGCAGAUUAUGAGACUGUGAAAACAGCUUUAGCAGCUUUAAAGGAAGGUUUCUCUGAAGGUUGCACAACACAAGUCAUUCACUAUGAAUCUGUAAGUCAGCUGUCCGAUAGGCAGGUUCAUCGUCUGCUACAAAGCUGCAGAAAACGAGACAUUGAGCUGAAAAUAGAACCUGGAAAUCGAGUUGAAGUUCGUGGAGAAGCCAAUAAUGUUGCUGCAAUUGUCGGUGAAAUCUGGGUCGAGCUAAAUGAAAGAUGCAAAAAAAUGAGAACCCACGAGUACGCAAAAUUGUUGGCUGGUCACGUGGAAUGGAGAUACGUCUUACAUGGUAAAACGAGACGUUUUAGUUCGACUAAAAACGCAAAGAUCGAGGAAGCAUUUAGAAAAAAGUCUCCAAAUGUGACUGUUGGACUUCGUGGAGAUCAGUUUCAACUGCAUUUUAGGGACAGCACAGGAAAAGGCAGCUUAUCAGGAGAGAAGAUAAAAAUCAGCCGCAAGGUUGUGGGGACAAGCGAAGGUAAGUGUUGGAACAUUUCCUCAGCCGAUGACGUCUUUUGCAAAAUAUUUGAACUAUUUAUAUGCAGAUGAGCAAAAAAGGUUAUAGCCAUUUUUGCCACUUCCUUUUCGAAAGUUUCAUUUUGUAGAUUAUAACUGAUUAUUUCUGUCUUCUAAAAACCAGUUUUUGCAGCUCUGGUUGAAACAAAUUCUUCUGGAAACUACAUGUAAUUUUUGAAACUUGUUUGUGCAAGAAACAGAAUAUUAAAAAAAUAUAUAUUCCCACACAGAAAAAAAGUUAUCGUCUAAAUUUUCUAACCUGGUUAGUUUUACAAAGGAAAGUCAUACGUCAAAUGAUUCGAUUGUGGAUAGACCCGAAUAUGAAGAAAAAUAGACCGACGACUUGCUUGCAUACUUCAGUUUGUCAGAUUGGAGGUUUCAAAUUUUGGACCCUUAAUUUAAUUUGAAAGAUGUUUCUCUUUUACGGGAAUUGAUUCCUUGAGGAUUGACGACAAUUCGCAAAAUUCGCAAAAAUUAGAGAGGCACAAAUUUUCAUGAAACACGGUAUGCGAGUAUUGUAUAUAAUUCAAUGGCAAGUGAGUCCAAAUUAUUUAGGUAUACAUAGAUGUACCCUAAAUUCAAAAUUUAAUAAUGGAAAUUUUAUCAUCUUGGUAUAUUUGUCUAUUUAAGCUGGAGGAAUAUCACUGCCAAAUCACUGGGAGGCUAUGCCAAAGGAGGCAAACGGGAAUGAGAUCACCGUUCAUACAGUAAAACUUCAAUCUCAGUCUUCCGAGUUUCAGAGUGUUGUGCAGAUGUUUACAAAGACUAUGAACUCAGUAACCGUUAAGAGAGUGGAGCGCAUUCAAAAUCCCCUGCUUUACCAGGCGUAUCAGCUGAGGAAACAGAAAAUGGACAAAGACAAUGGAGGCAACAAUGAGCUUCAACUGUUUCAUGGAACGGCCUAUAAUAACGUGAAGAAAAUCAAUUCUCAAGGGUUUAACAGGAACUUCUCAGGGCUGGCGCAUGGUAAGAGUAUAUACAUAGUUUAACAGCUAGUAUAUACCUCCCCCUUUUUGUUUAGGUAGCCUGGAGAAAACAGUUCCAGACAAACGCCAAACGUUCGAGAUGUAACAGUUAGGCUACCCCAGUAUAUAGUCUCUAACCCCUUUGCUAAGCGUACCUUUCACUUUGCAAAUAUUAACGAGGUCUUACUCUCUGGGUUUGGAAAUUGGAGAAAAAUUCCGUCGAAAUCAUAUUCGUAAAAUUAUCCGGGAAACUUGCUGCAUUAUUCUUAAUGUACUCGAACCGCUCCCACGCCCCUUCUAUCUUUUCUAGGGGAAACAGAAUCGUACUCUCUCGUUACGAUCAGUACAUCUAUUCUUGCUUGCAGGAACUCGCCUAGGUAAGGGUGUUUAUUUUGCCAGAGAUGCUUCUUUCUCCCUGCGGUUCACCCCCCCGAGAACUGAUCACAGUCGAUACAUGUACCUUGCGCGUGUCCUGGUUGGAAGGUAUUGUCAAGGAAAUCCACAGUUAGUUGUGCCUCCCUCAAGGGAUCCGUUACGGCCCGAAAUUUUGUACGAUUCUGUUGUAGACAACACACGAAAUCCAGGAUCUUUCGUUGUCUUCGCUGACAGCCAGUGUUACCCCGAAUACCUCAUUAAGUUCUGAUUCAGACUUACUAGCUACUGUAAAUACAAAUACUGGACAACACCGAACACGUUUUCACUUGCUAUCUUGAGAAGAAGACCCAGUUUUCAGGCUCAGCUUUGCAGGUCAGGUUAAGCUUUACGUGACAAUCAAAUGACAUGCGGUGUUACCAAUCGAUAAAAUGUACAGGAUGAGUUUAAAUUAUUAAUAGUAAAUAAAUGGUUCAGUGAGUGAAAUCGACUGGUUUCUGCUGCACUUCAAUUCUCAGUCUACUCCUAACAGGAAAACCGCUCUUUCAUGAGUGAAUUUCUCCCCUGCAGGUUGUGGUGAAUAUGACGAAAAGCAAAUUGAGGCAAAAUUCAUCGUCACCGAUCUUAGAGUGUUAGAUAGUUGCGCAAUUUUUUUCGUAUGAAAAGUUAACUAAACGAUAGCAGUCGAUUAGGACUAACUGGGGGUUUACUGUUUUAUAGUAGAUCAAUGAAUUUCAUUCGAUAUCGGGUUGUUGAUAAUUUUCGACAAUCUAUUUGUUAUUACAUAAUUGCUGAAUUGCUAAUAUAUAAAAGAUGGUUGUCAAGGUUCCAUGUGUGUGAGCUGAAUCUUCCGAAAGAAGCUGCGAAGUGUUUUCUGGUUUGAUCGACGCUUCCGUGAUUAGUGCUUUUAGAUAGAAAAAUAUAGUUAGCGUUCCAGCUCAGAAUAAGAUCCUUGUGAUUAGGACGUUUUUUUUUUGGUAGGAGAUAAGUCUAGAACAAAAUUCACGAUAAUUAACGAGACUCGCGCACGCUUUUUUUAGAACUUAAAUUGGUUGUGAACACUUAGAAUAUUUAGUUACAG